GCUUCGCGGGCGCCAACGUCGAAGCAGAGUCAAAGGUGGGAACAGCUACAACAACUUCAAGCAUUGGACCUUGUCACGUUAUCAGAUCGUUCUCUGUUCCCAUCAACGACACUUCUCUUCAAGGACCUACCAAUAAACCGACCCGUGCGAUUUCCCCAAGGACAUCAGUCCUGUAGCCGUCGCCAUCAUGAAAUUCCUACUUCCUCUCCUGUCGCUCAGCGCCGCUACGAAUGCGUUGCACUUCUUCAUUGACGGCACAACCCCCAGAUGUUUUUACGAGGAGUUGCCCAAGGAUACACUUGUCGUUGGACAUUACACUGCUGAGGAGUGGGAUGACCGAGUAUCAGCUUGGGUAAAGCAUGACGGCAUCAGCAUCUACAUCAACGUCGACGAAAUAUUCGACAACGAUCACCGCGUCGUUUCUCAGCGCGGCGCUGCUUCUGGCCGCUUUACCUUCUCUGCCGCCGACGCUGGCGACCACAAGAUCUGCUUCACCCCUUCGUCCAGCUCUGGCCGCACUUCGUGGCUCUCCGCCAAGAACCCCAACGGCGGCAUCAAGUUGACUCUUGACUUGGUCAUUGGUGAGACCAACCAAAUCGAGAGCAGCGAUAAGGGAAAGAUCCAGGAUAUCACAUCACGUGUCAAGGACCUCAAUGCUCGUCUCGCUGAUAUCCGCAGAGAGCAAGUAUUCCAACGUGAACGAGAGGCCGAGUUCCGAGAUCAAUCCGAGUCUACAAACGCCCGUGUCAUUCGAUGGAUCAUUAUCCAGCUCAUCGUGCUUGGCAUCACCUGCACCUGGCAGCUUUCCCACCUUCGAUCAUUCUUCAUCAAGCAGAAGCUCACCUAGAGUGAUUGGUCGAUCAUUUUUUGUUUGCGAGUUGAGUCUUGGGUUUCAGUGGUCCAGGACGAGCCAACUGUCGUUCAUUGGGUCGGGUGUUGAUGGAUUGCGUACAAGAAAAGGAUAAAAGAGAUCGUUGGGCAUCCAAGCCACAGCGGGGAAGUCAUCUUUCAUUCAAGAUGGCCGUGUAAUGUUACAUGCACAUGAUGAUGUUUAUAAGGUUUACUCAAAUGAAUACUCGAAAGAGUGGAACUGAGAACUGUGAUAAAGAUAGCGACGCCUUUUUUCUUUUCCCAUUAUAAAAUUGCCAAAAGAACGAGAACUCCCUAUAGUGCUCUAUCUUCGUUUCACAACAAAUCACCAAGCCUGUAAACCUCAAACUCAUCCCCACGCUAGAUGAUCUCUCCAUCUACACCAGGCAAGACUGGGUGCCAUCAGGCACACCAAUGAUGGCUUUCGUCUCGUGAGCGAUUACACAAAGUUAUUAUGGAUAGCGUCAUAAGAAAAAAGAGAAGAAACAACCCAGA